UUUAUUCCACCUGCAUGUUCUUUAUCUCGGUUUUAGCCAGUAUAUUUGAUACAUAAACUUGGUUUGAAAUGAUCGCAGCAAACUAUCAAAUCCAACCUCCUGCGUUUGCGCAUGCGCUUCCCUCAUUGCCAGCAACUUCCGCUCCAGAUCGACUUUCGUGCACUUUUGUUCGAGCAAAUGAAUUUGCGCCACUAAUUAAUUCUUCCCGAAUGAGUUGCGAACGGAUUGAAACCUCGACCCAGUGCGUCCUUCACUACUUUCAAGAAGUAAAACAUCAUUUCAAUCUUCGUGUGCGGAUAAACUCGUCUUGGUGGUGCACGUCGAAGCUUCUCGGCCUAGUUAGCUUAGCUUAGCUCGCUAGCCGCUCACAAAGAGACGCGUUUGUCAGCAACGCAUCGCAAAUUCGAGAUCGCCUGUGAUGAUCGUGUGCAAAAUCUGUGCAAGAACGACAGCAAAGUACGAGAAGGAACUUUCUGGAACGAAAGAGGAGGACGAGCCACGACGUCAACUUGUGGACGCUGUUCGCAUGCAGCCUCGUGUUGUGUUACACAGAGCAGAGCGGAAAGUGUUGCGAUCGUCGUGUGAAAAUGUGUGCAAGGACAGCAGAGUACGAGGAGGAACUUUGGGGCCCAAAAGAGGAGAAGGAGCCACAACGUCAACUGCUGGACGCUGCGUUCAAUCUGCAGCCUCGAAUUGUGCUACACAGAGCAGACGUCAGUGAAUAUCUUCUUCCUGAGCGGCAGCAGUCAGUGUCCCCUCACAUCAAAGAGAAAGAGGAGGAGGAAGAGGUUCAACACAUCAAAGAGGAGGAGGAAGAGUUCCCUCACAUGAAAGAGGAAGAGCAGGAGAAAAUCAUCAAGGUUCCAUCCACUGGUGUCCCUUUGAAGAGUGAAGAUGAAGGUCGAAGUGAGGAGAGACGAGGGGCGGAGCCACCAAACGGCAACAGCUCAAGUGACGGAGACCACUGUGGAGGAUCACAAACAGACGGUGAUGAUGAUGAUGAUGAUGUUGAUGAACAGUUGGAAGGUGAUAUGACAUGUCACACUGCCAAUAAAUGCUGGAAAUGUUCUAAAUGUAGGAAAACAUUUGCUUCUAAGAGCAAUUUCAAACGACACAUGAAAAUACACACUGGAGAGAAGCCCUUUGCAUGCUCAGUUUGUGGGCAAAGAUUCUCCCGAAAGGGAAGCUUAAAAAUACACGCAAGAACACACACUGGUGAGAAACCUUUUGGAUGCUUAGUUUGUGGGCAAAGGUUCUCUGUGAAGAGUGGCUUAAAAAUACACACAAGAACACACACUGGUGAGAAACCUUUUGGAUGCUUAGUUUGUGGGCAAAGGUUCUCUUUGAAGAGUUGCUUAACAAUACACACAAGAACACACGCCGGUGAGAAGCCUUUUGCCUGCUCAGUUUGUGGUCAAAGAUUCACACAGAAGGGAUACUUAAAAAGUCACACAAGAACGCACACUGGUGAGAAACCUUUUGCAUGCUCAGUUUGUGGUCAAAGAUUCUCCCAAAAGGGAACCUUAAAAAGUCACACAAGAACGCACACUGGUGAGAAACCUUUUGCCUGCUCAGUUUGUGGUCAAAGUUUCUCUGAAAAGGGAACUUUAAUAACACACACAAGAACUCACACUGGUGAGAAACCUUUUGCUUGCUCAGUUUGUGGUCAAAGAUUCUCCAUAAAGAAAAACUUAAAAAUACACACAAGAACACACACUGGUGAGAAACCUUUUGCCUGCACAGUUUGUGGUCAAACUUUCUCUCAGAAGGGAACAUUAAAAGGUCACACAAGAACGCACACUGGUGAGAAACCUUUUGCAUGCUCAGUUUGUGGUCAAAGAUUCUCCAUAAAGAAAAGCUUAAAAAUACACACAAAAACACACACUGGUGAGAAACCUUUUGUAUGCUCAGUUUGUGGGCAAAGGUUCUCUCGAAAGGGACAUUUGACACGUCACACAAGAACACACACUGGAGAGAAGCCUUUUUCCUGCUCAGGUUGUGGUCAAAGAUUCUCCAUCAAGAACAACUUAAAAAUACACACAAGAACACACACUGGUGAGAAACCUUUUGCCUGCACAGUUUGUGGUCAAAGGUUCUCUGUGAAGAGUUACUUAAAAAUACACACACGAACCCACACUGGUGAGAAACCUUUUGUAUGCUCGGUUUGUGGUCAAAGAUUCUCUCGUAAGGGAACCUUAAAAGGUCACACAAGAACGCACACUGGUGAGAAACCUUUUGCAUGCUCAGUUUGUGGUCAAAGAUUCUCCAUAAAGAAAAGCUUAAAAAAACACACAAGAACGCACACUGGUGAGAAACCUUUUGCAUGCUCAGUUUGUGGGCAAAGGUUCUCUCGAAAGGGACAUUUGACACGUCACGCAAGAACACACACUGGAGAGAAGCCUUUUUCCUGCUCAGGUUGUGGUCAAAGAUUCUCUCGUAAGGCUCUGGUUAAGACACACAAGUGUCCUGGUGAGACAAGCAGUGAUCAAGAAGAAUAACUGAAAUAUCACACAGCCAUAAGUAUUCAGACCCCAACAAAGGGUCGGAAUACUUAUGGCUGUGUGAUAUUUCACUUUUUCUUUUUUCAUAAAUCAGCAAAAAUUUCAACCAUUAUUAUUUUUUCUGUCAAUAUGGGGUGCUGUGUGUACAUUAAUGAGGGAAAAAAAUGAAGUGAUUUUAGCAAAUGGAAGAUAUACAACGUAAUACCAGCUUGAACAAGGCAGUGUUUAGAAACUCUAGCAAUUUCCUGAAAAGUUGUCAUUUUGAAGGUGAGGGGAUUCCACCUGACAGCUGCGAUAUACAAAUAUGACCAAUGACUGCCACUUCAUAGUAUGGUACAUUCCUUUUCCCACACCAGCUAUGCCAGUGCUUUUCAAUUUUCUAUUGUGUUGAUGAAAAAGGGGUGUUCGAAAGGGAAUUAGUUAUUUACCAAUUGCUCCAAAAUGUAUUGAUAUUAUUGGAAAUGAGUGCCAAUUUCAUUUUCUUGAGCAUGCAUGCAUUUUGUCCAAUGUUUUAGUGAUGUCAAUAUCAAAUAAAUGAAUGAUUGAUUGAAAUAGACUGUAAAAAAAAACUGACUUUUGGUGCUAAACUGUAACGUGUAUUUGUGAU